AUGUCCAGCUUGGCCAAAGAAGAAACGCAACUUCAAACGGAAGAUAUUGAAACUACCGAACCUGAACUGGUAUACGAUGAGGAAGAAGAGAUAGAGGCACAAGAAUCGGACACAGAAUUACCAGUUGCAGUCACUGAAGUUCAACCAAAGAAACGCGAAAAAAGGGAAGCUGUUGAGUUAGAAAGAGAACCAGGGAAAACCCUCCUCCCAUUUUCAAGGGUACAAAAGAUAAUCAAGGCUGACAAGGAAAUCCCAAUUGUCGCAAAGGAAGCCACCUUCUUGAUUGCGCUUGCCACGGAAGAAUUUAUCAAGCGUUUAUGCGAAGCGAGUCAGCAUGUUGCCCACCGGGAAAAGCGGUCUACGGUGCAACAUAAAGACCUCGCAACUGUUGCACGUAGAGCAGACGAAUUCCUCUUUCUCGAAGAAAUAAUGCUGUGGACAUCAGCCGACGCGCCUGCUAAGCGAACCAAGCCAAAGACGACUGUUGGUGGAAAGACUACUAUGUUAGAUAAAUUUGUUACGAAAGAUGCAGAUGAGGAUGGGGAAGAAGAAGAAGUAAUUAUGAACGAGGAUGGAACUAUGUACGCCGCAAAUGCAGCGGUUGAAUACGAAUUGUGA